AUGACGAGCAUAGAUGCUGCGGAUGGCGAGCCCGCUGUGCCCCCCGGCGCCGCCCACCAUCAACAGCACAACAACAACAAGCACCUGCAGCUUCACUACGGAGCCCCCGCCAGCCAGUGGGCGGCUGCUCUGCCCAUCGGCAAUGGCCGGCUCGGUGCCAUGGUCCACGGCCGAACCACCACCGAGCUGCUGCAGCUCAACGAGGAUUCUGUGUGGUACGGUGGCCCCCAGGACCGAUCUCCUCGUGAUGCUCUCCGGAAUCUACCCCUGCUGCGACAGCUGAUCCGCCAGGAACGCCAUGCUGAGGCCGAGGAGCUCAUCCGUACCGCCUUCUUCGCCACUCCGGCGAGCAUGCGGCACUAUGAGCCCCUGGGCACUUGCACUAUCGAAUUCGGCCAUGCCAGCGAGGGCGUCACCGGUUACAGCAGGUCGUUAGAUUUGUCAAAUGCCGUCUGUACUGCUAGAUACCGGUAUACAGAUGAGGCUGCAGGCGACGGCGGACUCGACGUCUGCCGGCAGAUGAUUGCCAGCUUUCCGGAUCAAGUACUAGCCCUCAGAGUCACCUCCAGUCGGAAGACCAGGUCCGUCAUCAGGCUGGACCGAGUGAGCGAAAUCGAAUGGGAGACGAACGAGUAUUUGGACAGUAUCGAAACGAUCGAUGGUCGGAUUGUACUACAAGCGACACCCGGUGGCCGGAAUAGUAACCAGCUCGCUAUUGUCCUCGGAGUCACCUGCGACGAUGUGGCCAGCGGUGGCUCAGUCGAAGCUCUAGGCAAUUGUCUAAUUGUCAACUCGGCAUCGUACACUAUCGCAAUUGCAGCCCAGACGACAUAUAGGGAAAAUGAUCCGGUACAGAAGGCAAUUAUCAACGUUGAUGGAGCACUCUCCCAACCAUGGGAGGAGCUCCUAACUCGCCACAUUACGGACUACCAAGGCCUCUUUGGAAGAAUGGGAUUACGAAUGUGGCCGGAUGCCAACGACAUCCCGACAGACGAGCGGAUCAAGGACAAUCGGGACCCGGGCUUGAUCGCUCUGUAUUCGAACUACGGCCGCUAUCUCUUAAUCUCAUCGAGUAGAGACUCGCCGAGUCCCCUACCGGCAAAUCUGCAGGGCAUAUGGAGCCCGUCCUUUGCGCCUCCGUGGGGAUCAAAGUAUACCAUCAACAUCAACAUCCAGAUGAAUUACUGGCCAGUGAGCGCAAGCAACCUGUUCGAAUGUUCAUUGCCGCUGGUGGACUUGCUGGAGCGGAUCGCUGAGAGAGGAAAGAAGACGGCUAAAGCAAUGUACGCUUGCCGCGGCUGGUGUGCACAUCACAAUACAGAUAUCUGGGCCGAUACCGACCCGCAAGACCGAUGGAUGCCGUCGACGAUAUGGCCACUUGGCGGUGCGUGGUUAUGUAUCGACAUGAUGAAGCUGUUGAAAGAACGAUAUGAUCCGGGAUUACACGAACGUCUAGCGCCUGUACUCGAAGGGUGCGUCGAGUUCUUGCUAGACUUUCUCAUCCCAUCGCAGUGCGGAAGAUAUCUUGUGACGAAUCCAUCCCUGUCGCCUGAGAAUACGUUCAUCUCCGAGGACGGCAAGCCUGGUAUACUGUGCGAGGGGUCUACGAUGGAUACCACUAUUGUCGGCAUGGUCUUCAAGUACUUCCUGUGGAGCAUAGAGAAAUCCGGCCAGACGCAUGCGUUGACUGAACAGGUCAAGUGUGCCCUGGGGCGUCUUCCUCCAGUGCAAAUUAACAAGGAUGGCUUAAUUCAGGAAUGGGGACUGAAGGACUACGGUGAACACGAGCCGGGACACAGGCAUGUAUCCCACCUCUUCGGCCUCUAUCCCGGAGACACGCUCUCAACACCGGAAGAGCGUCAAGCGGCAAAGAAGGUCCUCGAUAGACGAGCCGCGCACGGCGGUGGCCACACAGGUUGGUCGCGCGCUUGGCUCCUGAACCUACACGCGCGGUUGCUCGAUGCCGAGGGAUGCGGGAGGCACAUGGAUCAGCUCCUGCGCAGCUCGACGCUGCCCAAUAUGCUGGACAACCACCCGCCGUUCCAGAUCGAUGGGAACUUUGGCGGCUGUGCAGGCAUCCUGGAGUGUCUGGUGCAGUGGAGGGAUGGGGAUGAUGGUUGCCUGUUCAUAUGUCUGCUCCCUGCGUGUCCGAAGGAAUGGUCCCGCGGCGAGUUGACGAAUGUGUGCAUAAAGGGAAACUGGCUUGUCUCGUUUACAUGGGAAGAGAGUAGACUGGUGGGCCAAGUCGUCAUCCGACGGCUUGUUGAUGAUGACGAGACGGCCACAUUCGAGGCUCAUGGCACAACAUUGGGUUCUGUCCGAGCGAAAGGCGAGCACACUCUGUCGGUGGGCGAGACGAAGUGA